AUGGCGACUGCACGCAGAAAACUCCUGCAAAGCAGGCAAGUGGGAACUCUUCUCAUUUUUCUGUGCUUAUCUGUGGGGGGUGCAGCAACCAUUCGCUAUUCGGUGGCAGAGGAGAUGGAGAGCGGUUCGUUUGUAGCUAAUGUGGCUAAGGACCUGGGGCUGGAGGUAGGGAAGCUGGCUGCGCGUGGGGCGCGGCUUGUUUCCGAGGGCAAUAAACUGCAUUUCCGGCUCCACCGCAAGACGGGAGAUCUGUUCACUGGAGAUUUGCUUUUGAGGGAGAAACUAGACCGGGAAGACAUAUGUGGCUCCGUUGAACCCUGUGUGCUGCAUUUCCAAGUGUUCCUGGAAACUCCAGUGCAAUUUUUUGAAGGAGAAUUAUUAAUACAAGACUUAAAUGACCACUCCCCAGUAUUCCCGAAUAGGGAAAUGCUUUUGAAAAUACCGGAAAACAGCCAGCCAGGGACUGUAUUUCCGUUGAAAUUAGCUCAGGAUUUGGAUGUGGGUAGCAACGGUCUUCAAAAAUACACUAUCAACGCCAAUUCUCAUUUUCACGUUCUCACUCGAAAUCAUAGUGAUGGCAAGAAAUAUCCAGAUCUGGUGCAGGACAAAGUGCUGGAUCGAGAGGAGCAGUCAGAGUUCAGCUUAACCCUAAUGGCGCUGGAUGGUGGGUCUCCACCUAGGUCUGGGACCAGCAUGGUGCGAAUCCUGAUCUUGGACGUCAAUGACAAUGCUCCCGAGUUUGUGCACACUCCAUAUGAGGUGCAGGUUCUGGAAAACAGCCCCCUAGGUUCCCUAAUACUUACAGUUUUAGCUAGGGAUGUAGAUGCUGGAAGCUUUGGGACUGUUUCCUAUAGCUUGUUCCAAGCCUCAGAGGAAAUUAAACAAACUUUCUCAAUAAAUGAAGUCACAGGAGAAAUCCGACUGACAAAGAAAUUGGAUUUUGAAAAGAUCAAAUCCUACCACGUGGAAACUGAGGCUACAGAUGGAGGAGGCCUUUCUGGGAAAGGCACUGUAGUCAUAGAGGUGGUAGAUGUGAAUGACAAUGCCCCUGAACUUACCAUAUCUUCACUCAUCAGCUCCAUCCCAGAAAAUGCCCCGGAGACCGUAGUCUCUAUAUUCCGAAUUCGAGAUAGAGACUCCGGAGACAAUGGAAAGAUGAUUUGCUCCAUUCCAGACAAUCUGCCAUUUAUUCUAAGACCGACUUUCAAGAAUUUCUACACCCUGGUAACCGAUAGCCCUCUUGACAGAGAAAAUCAAGCCGAGUACAACAUCACGAUCACGGUCACUGACAUGGGAACCCCCAGACUGAAAACUGAGCACAACAUAACCAUGCUGCACAACAUAACCAUGCUGGUGUCCGACGUCAACGACAAUGCCCCCGCCUUCACCCAGACCGCCUACACCCUGUGGGUCCGCGAGAACAACGGCCCCGCCCUGCACAUCGGCAGCGUCAGCGCCACAGACACAGACGCGGGCGCCAACGCCCAGGUCACCUACUCGCUGCUGCCGCUGCCCGACCCACACGUGCCCCUCGCGAGCUCCGUCGUGUCCAUCAACCCCGACAACGGCCACCCCUUCGUCCUCACGUCCCUGGACUACGAGGCCCUGCGGGCCUUCGAGUUCCGCGUGGGCGCCGCCGACCGCGGCUCGCCCGCGCUCAGCAGCCAGGCGCUGGUGCGCGUGCUCGUGGAGGACGCCAACGACAACGCGCCCUUCGUGCUCUACCCGCUGCAGAACGCCUCGGCGCCCUGCACCGAGCUGGUGCCCAGGGCGGCCGAGCCCGGCUACCUGGUGACCAGGGUGGUGGCGGUGGACGGCGACGCGGGCCAGAACGCCUGGCUGUCGUACCAGCUGCUCAAGGCCACGGAACCCGGGCUGUUCGGCGUGUGGGCGCACAACGGCGAGGUGCGCACGGCGCGGCUGCUGAGCGAGCGCGACGCGCCCAAGCAGCGGCUGGUGGUGCUGGUCAAGGACAACGGCGAGCCGCCGCUGUCGGCCAGCGUCACGCUGCACGUGCUGCUGGUGGACGGCUUCUCGCAGCCCUACCUGCCGCCCCCGGAAGCGGAAGCGGCGGCCGCGGCGCCGGCCGACCCGCUCACCGUCUACCUGGUGGUGGCCUUGGCGUCGGUGUCGUCGCUCUUCCUCUUCUCGGUGCUGGUGUUCGUGGCGGUGCGGCUGUGCAGGAGGGGCGGGGCGGGCUCGGCGGGUCGCUGCCCGAAGAAAAGGCAAGUGAUGAUCUUCAUUACAUUGAUUCUUUCGUGGGAGGCAGGUUCAGAAUCGAUUCGGUAUUCUGUACAGGAAGAGACAGAAAGUGGCACGUUUGUGGCCAACUUGACAAAAGACCUGGGACUCAGGAUGGGAGAGCUGGCUGCCCGGGGCGCCCGAGUUGUUUUUAAGGGGAAUAGACAGCAUUUGCGGCUUGAUCCAGACACCGGUGAUUUGCUGUUGAAUGAUAAACUGGACCGGGAGGAGCUGUGCGGCUCCACUGAGCCCUGCGUGCUACCCUUCCAAAUGUUACUGAAAAACCCAGUGCAGUUUAUUCAAGGUGAAUUACAGAUUGAAGAUGUAAAUGACCAUGCCCCAGAAUUCUUGGAAAAUGAAAUCCUCCUGAAAAUAUCAGAAAGCAGCCAUCCAGGGUCUGCAUAUCCUUUGAAAAUAGCUCAAGAUUUAGACGUUGGCAGUAAUACAGUACAGAACUACACAAUUAGCUCCAACUUCCACUUCCACCUUUUUACUCGAAAUCACAGCGAUGGCAGAAAAUACCCGGAGCUGGUGCUGGACCAAGAGUUGGACCGUGAGGAGCAGCCCGAGCUCAGGUUAACCCUCACAGCGGUGGAUGGUGGGUCACCGCCCAAGACCGGGACUUCCCAGGUCCUCAUCAUAGUCCUGGACAUAAAUGACAACGCCCCCGAAUUUGCUCAGCAGCUCUACCAGGUGCAGGUCCCAGAAAACAGCCCUACAGGCUCCCUUGUCAUCACUGUUUCUGCUAGAGAUUUGGAUGCUGGGAUCCAUGGUGAGCUCUCCUACUCAUUUUUCCAAUCCUCAAAUCACGUCAUUCAGGCCUUCGAAAUAAAUACAGUCACAGGGGAUAUUCGAUUAAAAAAAAAGUUGGAUUUUGAGGAAAUUAGAUCUUACCAUAUGGAAAUUGAGGCCUCAGAUGGCGGCGGUCUUUCAGGAAAAUGCACUGUAGCCAUAGAAGUAACAGAUAUAAAUGACAAUCCACCAGAACUACUCAUGUCAUCACUUACUAGCCCAAUUAAAGAAAAUUCACUUGAAACAGUCGUCGCUGUUUUUAGGAUUCGAGACAGAGAUUCGGGGAACAAUGCAAAGAUGGUAUGUUAUAUCCAAGACGAUCUCCCCUUCGUCCUGAAGCCAUCUGUAGAGAAUUACUACACCUUGGUAACGGACAGUCCCCUGGACAGAGAGGAAAGAGCCGAGUACAACAUCACCAUCACAGUCACUGACAUGGGAACCCCCAGACUGAAAACCGAGCACAACAUAACCGUGCUGGUGUCCGACGUCAACGACAACGCCCCCGCCUUCACCCAGACCUCCUACACCCUGUGGGUCCGCGAGAACAACAGCCCCGCCCUGCACAUCGGCAGCGUCAGCGCCACAGACACAGACGCGGGCGCCAACGCCCAGGUCACCUACUCGCUGCUGCCGCCGCCCGACCCGCACGUGCCCCUCGCCUCCCUCGUGUCCAUCAACCCCGACAAUGGCCACCUCUUCGCCCUCACGUCCCUGGACUACGAGGCCCUGCAGGCCUUCGAGUUCCGCGUGGGCGCCGCCGACCGCGGCUCGCCCGCGCUCAGCAGCCAGGCGCUGGUGCGCGUGCUCGUGGAGGACGCCAACGACAACGCGCCCUUCCCCUACCUGCCGCCCCCGGAAGCGGAAGCGGCGGCCGCGGCGCCGGCCGACCCGCUCACCGUCUACCUGGUGGUGGCCUUGGCGUCGGUGUCGUCGCUCUUCCUCUUUUCGGUGCUGGUGUUCGUGGCGGUGCGGCUGUGCAGGAGGGGCGGGGCGGGCUCGGCGGGUCGCUGCCCGGUGCCCGAGGGCCACUUCCCGGGCCACCUGGUGGACGUCAGCGGCACGGGGACCCUGUCGCAGAGCUACCAGUACGAGGUGUGUCUGAUGGGAGGAACCGGGACCAGAGAGUUCAAAUUCCUGAAGCCGAUUCUCCCCAAUCUCGCACCCCAGCGCAUAGCCAGGGAAGUGGAAGAAUAUCCCUCAUAUCGGAAUGAUUUGGGUUUGUGA